AUGCUCCGUGUUUUGUGUUUGACGAUUGCCUGUUUCCUAGCCCUUGUGGCGGGAGGCUGUCUUCCAGGAGAUGCGUCGUUCGAAUCAUAUUGUUUUUCGUUCAAUCGUCUUCAAGGAAAAUUCGAUGAUGCCCAGGCCCACUGUGUGAAAAGUGUCGGUGGAAGCUUAGUGACAAUUUACAACAUGAUUGAAAACAAUUGGAUUCAGAAAUUGGCUGUCGACAACCUUGACGCUGAUUACGAUCUAUUCUGGAUUGGAGCAAGUGAUGCCAUCAAAACCAACGACUGGCGCUGGAGAGACAACAGCAAGUUGAACUUCACCAACUGGAAUCGAGGGCAACCCCUCGAGGACCGUCAUUGUGCCGCAAUGUCUGUUGCAAGCGGAACAUGGUUUACUGAAGUAUGCACCAUUCAACAUCAAUUCAUGUGUCAAUAUCCAAACGGUGAUUACCCUACUGGAGCACCCUAUACUUGUCCCCCAUGUCAAGCCUGCAGGUUUUUCUAA